UUUGCAGACAAUAUUUGCACAGUUUCAGCACAGUCGGGAAAAAGCGCUUCCCUCGGAUAACAUAAGGCACGCUCUUGCAGAAAGCUUCAAAGAUGAGCAGCGAUUUCAGCUCGGCCUUAUGGAUGAUGCUGCAGAGUGCUUUGAAAAUAUAUUGGAGAGGAUUCAUUUUCACAUAGUGCCAAGCAGAGAUGCAGACUUGUGCACCUCUAAGUCUUGUAUCACUCACCAGAAGUUUGCUAUGACUCUGUAUGAACAGUGUGUGUGUCGUAGCUGUGGAGCAUCAUCAGAUCCUCUACCUUUUACAGAAUUUGUGCGGUACAUAUCUACAACAGCCCUAUGGUAAGGACCUAUUAAAGCAUAUUUAACAAAGAUGUUAACACAUUUAAGCACAUUAAACAUUUAUUCUGUGAAACUGUAACAUCUAUGAAUUACCCCUUGCCCUGUCUGCUACAUUAAGAAAUAGUAAGAGAUGUUUAUCUCAGAUAAUAUUUGUGAUUUAGCCUUAAUACAGGUUGAGUAUCCCUUAUCCUGAAUGCUUGGAAUUUGAAUUAUUUCAGGUUUCAGAUUGUGGACUAUUUGCAUCUAUACAUAAUGAGAUAUCUUGGGAAUGGGACCAAAGUCUAAUCAUGAAAUUCAUUUAGAUCUCAUAUAUGAGUACAUCUUAUACAUA